UGUCAGUAUCAAUGUCAUCAUAGGCAACAAAGGAAACUUCCAAGAACCAACCAGCCAACCCAACACAACCCAUCUUCACCGCUCCUUCACCAUUUACCGCUUCCAAACACGGUCUUCUCCGCCCACUGACUUAAACUCUUAUCACCACCUUCAUCACUUUUCAUUACCCACCCAAAGGCAACAAUGCUGCAGAUUCUCUAUUCUUCUUCUUAAAGCCUUCCCUUCCUGUAUCCCUAUGCUCUCGUAGAAUGGAAUUUGGGCCCUUCUCUUGUGAAAGGGAAAGAGUCCACGUGGGUUCUUAGCUGCAUUCAUGUUCAUAUAUGUUGGAUCUUGCAGAAUAUCUAUAAAUUAUAGAGCUGAUGGGUGGUGUAACAUCAAAACGAUCAGCCACGGCUCAGUCCUCAUCUGUAGGAUCUAAUUCACAUUCAUGGGAUCAUCAAAGAUAUGCACAGCCUUCAUAUGCUCCAUCAAGCCGAGACUAUUCAUGGGAUCAUCAAAGAUAUGCACAGCCUUCAUAUGCUCCAUCAAGCCGAGACUAUGUUCCUCAGCAGCAUUAUGCCCCUCCACUUCAAAGUUAUGGUGGUCGUGCCCCUGAAUCAAACAGGAGGUUGGAGAGAAAAUAUUCGAAGAUAGAUGAUAACUACAAUAGCCUGGAGCAGGUCACUGAGGCGCUGGCCCGUGCUGGCUUGGAGUCUUCCAAUCUUAUUGUUGGUAUUGAUUUCACAAAGAGCAAUGAGUGGACAGGUGCCAGAUCAUUCCACCGAAGAAGUCUACAUCACAUUGGAGAUGAGCAGAACCCAUAUGAACAAGCAAUAUCCAUUAUUGGAAAGACAUUGUCUUCCUUUGACGAGGAUAAUUUAAUUCCUUGUUUUGGAUUUGGAGAUGCAUCAACACAUGAUCAAGAAGUAUUCAGCUUCUAUCCAGAUGAGACAUUUUGCAAUGGAUUUGAAGAAGUGUUGAGACGAUACAGAGAAUUAGUGCCUAAUCUAAGACUUGCAGGACCAACAUCAUUUGCUCCUAUUAUUGAGAUGGCCAUCACCAUUGUUGAGCAAAGUGGUGGCCAAUACCAUGUGUUACUGAUAAUAGCUGAUGGGCAGGUGACUAGAAGUGUUGAUACAGAGCGUGGCCAAUUAAGUCCACAAGAAAUGAAAACAGUUGAAGCAAUUGUGAGAGCAAGCGACUAUCCCUUGUCAAUUAUAUUAGUUGGAGUUGGAGAUGGACCAUGGGACAUGAUGAGAGAAUUUGAUGAUAACAUUCCUGCUCGUGCCUUUGAUAAUUUCCAGUUUGUGAAUUUUACAGAAAUAAUGUCGAAGAAUACGGAUAGGUCCAGAAAAGAGGCAGAGUUUGCUCUUGCAGCACUGAUGGAAAUUCCUUCUCAGUAUAAAGCAACACUAGAGCUUAGCAUAUUGGGUACUAGCAGGGGCAAGGAUAUUGAUAGGGUUCCUCUUCCCCCUCCUCUGUAUGGUGCGGCUUCUUUUAGCAACUCAAAACCUUCACGGUCAAGCAGUUUUCGUCCAACUCCACCUUCUUCUGGUAGAUAUGAUGCACCUGUCAGAACAACUCCUUCUGCAAGUUCUGCUUCAGAUAAUCAUGUUUGUCCUAUUUGUCUUUGCAAUCCAAAGGAUAUGGCCUUUGGUUGUGGACAUCAGACUUGCUGUGAGUGCGGGCAAGACCUUCAGUUGUGUCCCAUUUGCCGAAGCACCAUCGAUACUAGAAUAAGACUCUAUUAAGCAAAAUAUGCAUGCCUGGAUUAUCCUCUGCCGUUUCUAUCUUCUAGCAUUCAGAGAGUAAGUACUUUAGUUUCUUCUUGAGCAAAAGACUUGGAGCUGGGCAUGACUGGAUGGGUAUCAGGUCUCUUAAUUGAAUAAGAGAGAAGGGAUACCCAUCAUAUUUAUAGUUUUGUACAUAUUUGUGGGUUUCAUUAAACUACAAAAACAUAUUUAUACAUCUCAAUCUAUUCAAGAGAUUAUAUAAUUGUAAUGUAAUCAGCUAUAGAAUGACUGAGAGCAGACAUGUCUCAUUGUAGGACAUCCUUGGAUUGGCAUCAGUGCCACGUGCCAUCUGUAUUCUGUACUAUUUUUCAUGCUGCGAGGGUUCACUCAGCCCCCAUAUAAAAACUUGUCUCUAGCUAUUAUUAUCAUUA